GGUCGAGUGAGUGAUUUUAUGGGAAAAAGGAAGAAAAUAACAUUCUCCAAUCCAUUGUGUCUCCUGUCCUGAGCGAUCUGGGACUCGUUGACAACACUCUCGAUUCUUCCUUCCUCUGAGUUGGUACCUCGAGAACGAGAAUCCUCUCCUAUUCGAAUGCAACCGCGCGGGCUGAAGAACCUCCAUGACUUCACCACAAGAGGAAAUGGACCCAAUAGAUUCUUCUUUUCCAGACACAGCAGAAUGCGAUCUUUCAGUACUAAUUCCUAGGGGAGGUCCCAUUUAUGUUUCCAAUAUGGUUGGCCCCUCGACUACGGUUCCUUGUUUUGAGGCUUCUUUUCUCUCUGAACUUCAGAAUCUGGAGGCUGAAUUAUGUCAAGAUUCAUCUCAACUCUCUCAUCAUGAUAUCUCUGUUGACGACCUUAAAGUAUUUUCAGAAAAUGAGUUAAUGGAUAUGGCUUUCAAACAAGUAUUUGAGGGUAGGGAGAACAACGAAAAUCAUCCACCACUUUUGAACCACCCCAAUACAGGCAGGUGUCAUGUGAAGAACUCCAGGAAAAAGAAAAGGGGAAAAAAUAAUGCCAUUCUUGAUAGUGAUUGUCUGGACAAGGUGGAGCAAAUUGUGACAAUCAAACGAAACCAGGAAGAAGACAUGGCAGCAGCUAGACUUCAUUCAUUUAAUCCUGUUUGCAGGACCAAUGAAUCUUCGGGCAAAUCAUUACGUACUGAAAGGAUGAUGGCUCUAAGGUCUACAAGUUCUACCAGAAAGGUCAACUCUGGGGGCCUUCACGAACACACACCUGUGCAAUACCCAGAAGUUGUUCUAUCUGUGGAGAUUUACCAUAAUGUUCGAAAGGGUCUCAAGACCCAAGAGUUGUUAGUUCUUGGAAGGCAGACCUUAACUUCUUUGAGGGACAAGAUCUUUUGCUCAACGGACCAGGUGAUGCAAAAAGCAGGGCAGCAUGAUCCUUCUGGUUUUUUUCUCAUUGAGGAUAUAUUUUACACUGAUUUGAGGGAUCCAUCUGCUAUUGAUUUAACUAGACCUAUACUAGAUUGGGUCCAAAACUCCAACGAGGAGGCGCAAAAGAAAUGGGAAUAUAUUAUAACCGGGGAACUAAAGCAGAAACAAAAAGCAAUCAUGGGCACAGUAUCUACACCACGCAUGCCUCAUUUCAGUUCCAUUGAGAUGCACAAGAUACGUUUUUGUGACUUAAGCUUUCGACUUGGUGCUGGAUACCUGUAUUGUCAUCAGGGUGAAUGCAGCCAUACCUUAGUGGUACGAGAUAUGAGGUUAAUGCAUCCUGAUGAUGUGAACAAUCGGGCUGUUUAUCCAAGAGUCACUUUUCAACUAAAACUGCGUUUUCAGAAAUGUAGGGUUUGCAAGAUAUUCAGAGCUACAAAGGUCACAGUUGAUGACAGAUGGACAUCAGAAAACCCUUGUUAUUUUUGUGAUGACUGUUUUGCCCUACUUCACUUAGCAGAGGAUGGCUCUCCAUUGUAUACUGAGUACUUAGAGUAUGAUUAUCACCAUGAUUAAUUGUUGCUAGUCUUGGAACUAUUAAUCUGAAUGUCUAUAAUCUCUUUCCAAGACUCCCAUUGAAAAUUACUUUUCAAUUUUUCAUUGAAUUGUGUACAUUUGGAGGGUAACAUAUGUCAGAUGCUGACUGGAAGUGAGGUGCUUGUUUAUUUACAA